CUUCUGUUGUUCACUCCCACGGACUUUAAAUCAUUGUCUGCUUUCCAAAAGUUCAGAUAAGUCACCUCUGUGAAAGGGGUCUGCCAUCCCAAACAAUUCAUGGAAGACUGCACAGGACUGGAUAAAUUAUUAAGAACAGAGCGUUCUGAACGUCCACACGAAGUGGAAGAGCCUUAACCUGAAGGUGCUGUGUAUUAUUUACACUGAAGAAGCUCCUGGGUGGACAGGAAAGCGCUGACAGGUCAAAUGGACCCCAUGGAACUGAGAAAUGUCAACAUUGAGCCAGACGACGAGAGCAGCAGUGGAGAAAGUGUUCAAGACAGCUACACGAGGAUGGGGAACUCUGAAAAGGCAGCCAUGAGCAGCCAAUUUGCUAACGAAGAUGCCGAAAGUCAGAGGUUCCUAACAAAUGGAUUUUUGGGGAAGAAGAAGCUGGCCGAUUACACGGAUGAACACCACCCUGGAACCACUUCCUUCGGAAUGUCCUCAUUCAACCUGAGUAAUGCCAUCAUGGGCAGUGGGAUCUUGGGCUUGUCCUACGCCAUGGCCAACACGGGGAUUGUCCUCUUUGUAAUCAUGUUGCUUACUGUGGCCAUUUUAUCGCUCUAUUCGGUUCACCUUCUGUUAAAGACAGCCAAGGAAGGAGGGUCUUUAAUUUAUGAAAAGUUAGGGGAAAAGGCAUUUGGAUGGCCCGGGAAAAUUGGAGCCUUUGUCUCUAUUACAAUGCAGAAUCUUGGAGCCAUGUCAAGCUACCUCUUCAUCAUUAAAUAUGAACUGCCUGAAGUUAUCAGAGCAUUCAUGGGACUUGAAGAAAACACUGGGGAAUGGUACCUCAAUGGCAACUACCUCGUCAUAUUUGUGUCUGUGGGAAUUAUCCUUCCACUCUCUCUCCUUAAAAAUUUAGGUUACCUUGGCUAUACCAGUGGAUUUUCCCUGACGUGCAUGGUGUUUUUUGUCAGCGUGGUGAUCUACAAAAAAUUUGAAAUACCCUGCCCUCUGCCUGUCCUGGAUCACAAUGUUGGAAAUCUGACGUUCAACAGCACACUUCCCAUGCACGUGAUUAUGUUACCCAAUAACUCAGAGAGCACUGACGUCAACUUCAUGAUGGAUUACACUCACCGAAACCCUGCAGGGCUGGAUGAGAACCAGGCCACCGGCCCUCUUCACAGCAGUGGAGUGGAGUACGAAGCCCACAGUGAUGACAAGUGUCAACCCAAAUACUUCGUUUUCAAUUCCCGGACCGCCUAUGCAAUCCCAAUCCUAGCAUUCGCUUUUGUCUGCCACCCCGAGGUCCUACCCAUCUACAGUGAACUUAAAGAUCGGUCCCGGAGAAAGAUGCAGACAGUGUCCAAUAUUUCCAUCACAGGGAUGCUCGUCAUGUACCUGCUUGCUGCUCUCUUUGGCUACCUAACUUUCUAUGGGGAAGUUGAAGAUGAAUUACUCCAUGCUUACAGCAGAGUCUACACAUUUGACACCCCUCUGAUCAUGGUACGCGUGGCCGUCCUGGUGGCAGUGACGCUAACUGUGCCCAUUGUCCUCUUCCCAAUCCGGACCUCCGUGAUCACACUGCUGUUCCCCAGAAGACCCUUCAGUUGGGUAAAGCACUUCCUGAUCGCCGCAGUGAUCAUUGCGCUCAACAAAGUCCUUGUCAUCCUCGUGCCCACCAUCAAAUACAUCUUUGGAUUCAUAGGUAAGUUUCAGAAGAGCUUUUGUUUGAUCAGUUCCAAAGUAUGCCUCCGUGCUCCCUCUGGAUCACAGGCUUUGGUCUUCCUCGUGACUGGGAUCAUCUUCAUGAUGGGAAGCAUGGCGCUCAUCAUAAUCGACUGGAUUUACAACCCUCCAAAUCCCAAGCACCACUAAGCCCGAGGAAAGACUUUCCAUUGGAAAUGACUGAAGUUAUGCUCCAGAGGACAUCCUAGUGGCCCCGACGGGGAUGUCAUUGAGAGAAAACAACAAGAAGAUUCCAAGGACACAUCCUAGUUCCAUUGCCUGAGACCCGUGAGAGAGAAAAUGAUGGGUUUGGUCGGGAAUGGCGAAUGAUGCAUUAAAAAGCUGUGGCGCACAUUUCAACCCAGGCCUUCUAGUGCGGUGUGUGGUGCCCAAGGUGUGUUCUGCAGAUGUGCAAGCAGAAUCCGCUUGACUGUGUAUCUUGGUCAGCAAAUAAUGCCAUGUCCCCUCUGCUCACUCCCCACACUUCACCGCCCCAGAUUAACAAAUAAUUUGAUUCUCAACAUCAAGCAAAAAAUGCCCCAGUGGCAAAGCCAUCAUCACUUAAGGCCAUCUCCCAUCCUGCAGCAACACUACGAGUCUACUGACUGACGGAGACAGGCGUGUAUCUUGAGAACGGUCCCUGUGAGGUUCAUGAACGGCAGAUACCAGUCUAGAGUACUUUGUUACGAUACUAAAGAGUAGUUUGCCCAAUCUGCUUGUUACACUGAAUUAGCGCCAUUGGUUUUUAUGGUAAAUGCCAAAAACAGCUCACUAAACGGGAGGUGGAGGUGGUAUUUAAUUAUCAAGAAGUAACAACAACAAAAAAAAAAAAAAAAAAGAAGUAACAACAAAAUGAUGCUUUUAGCUAAGCUGCCCAGUGAGCCAGCCCCUGCUUUUUCAUGUCAUUCCUGGGAUUUUUGUCACACUUUUGUCCUUGAACAAGGCUUUCCCUCUUGUCUUCCAUUCUCAUGCAUAAUUUUCAGAAGACCAUAAUUCAAGUGGAAACACACUACCCAGUAUUGUUUGAUACAGUUUUUUAUUUGAUAAACAUUCAGUGCAGGAAACUGUAAUUUUGCUCUAGGUUUGUGUAUAUAAUCUCAUUCUGCAGUUAUCAGAAUGUUGACAUAUGGUACAUUGCAUUUUUAUUUUUUACAUGUGUAGCUUUCUUUCUUCACAGUCAAAACAUUUAUAUUAUCAGGUGGGGGCAGAGAAUUAAGCUAGUUGGCUCCAAAAUCCAUGUGUAUGUAUCUGUCCAUGGAGACAUCUAAAAAUUAAAACCAAAGUUGUACGUAGUUCAGUAAUGCUCUUCACUGUUUACAGCACUAUAAACAUCCAUAGGAAGGUAGCAAAGGAAGGGGCUCCUCAUUUGUAAAAAAUUUCCAGCGCUAGCAUUGGUCUUUGAGUUUCACAGGUCUAGAAUAGGGCUCUGCUUCUUGGAGCUCACAUGGGAAUUUGCUGACAUUCAUCUGUCACUAAUAUAAUGUCAAGUGGCUAUAAAUAAAUGCACUAGCAUGGCAUGGAAACAGAGGGACUGUUCUUGUUCACAUCCAUAGACACUUACAUGGGAUGGAGAUCAGUUGCUACUCACUGCCCAGAAGUUUUGGCAUUCACUACUAUUUUUUUCAAUUAUUUGUUGUGUACUUUACAUUUCAGUAAAGCCAAGUAUGAAAUAUACGUACCAUACAGAUAAUGAACAUACUGUCGUACUAAAACAGUUUUUCUGUAGUGUGCCUAAAAACAUAUAUUUGCUUUAUGUAUCACUUUCUGGAGUUAUCAUACUAUAAAAUGAUGUGCUUUGUGAUAGAAAACGAGCAUUACUAGAAACUAUCAUAAUUUUUAAGUUAUUAUGAUUUGGGAGGAAAAAUAAUCACCAAAUAGCAUCUUUAAGAUGUCUCUCCAUUUUUGUUCGCCCAACAAAUAAACCAAGACAGAGAGUAGAAAAGGUAUGUAUGUUUAGUCUGAACAUAUUUAAAUGUAAAUAUAAAAGGCUAAUCCAAAAAUGUUGGAAAACUGUAAAAUCUGUAUAUAUUUUGAGUAUUUUG